AUGACAGAUUUGCUCAACAAGGAUUUGUGGACAUCUGUUCCUGGACCAACUUAUCCCAAUCGUCAUUUCUUCCAUUGUGCUACUGCUGCUGGCUAUACUGCCAACAAUGGUGCUUUUCUUGGUGUUCCGUGCCGUACAAUCUACGAAAAUAUGGCCGAUCAUGGAAACUCGUACAAGUUCUAUUCUCCUCAACUCAAGUCUACACCACUGUUGUACCGCAAUCUGCGCAAUAUUUACAACUGGAUGAGAAUCAAAAACAUGAGCACGUUUUUUGAAGAUGCCAGAGCCGGUUCACUACCCCAAUAUUCGUUUAUUGAUCCUGAUUGGCUCAAAAACGACAACCAUCCUCCAAACAACCUGCAUGCUGGUGAGCAAUAUGUCAAAGACAUAUACGAAGCCAUUCGUGCCGGUCCUCAAUGGCAAAACACUGUAUUUGUACUGACAUAUGAUGAAAAUGGUGGUUUUUACGAUCAUGUUGCACCACCAACUUGUGUUCCUCGACCCGACAAUAUCAAUCCCGACUCGAAUGUUGGAGAUUUCCAGUUUGACCGUCUUGGUCCUCGUGUGCCAACAAUCAUCAUUUCACCAUAUGUCAGCAAGGGUGCAGUUUAUCACUCUGAUGACACGAGUCGUUUCUUUGACACUCGUCGAUCCCAGCUACUCUCAAAAAACUAUUUAACCUUCCCAACUUCCUUACACCGCGUGAUGCAGCAGCUCUUACAUUUGAUGAUGUUAUUUCAUUGAGCGAACCACGUACCGACUGCAUUCAAACUCUUCCCACUGUAUAAUGCAUUGGGUUGACUGUUUGGUGUAAUCCAGUGUGUCGGUUUGAUUGAUUGACAAACACAGCAUUGAUCUUGUCGAUCAUGCAAGACACUAUUGAAACCAACUUAAUAAACUAUCGGGUUCAAUC